UGUCAGUUUAAACUAAACAACUGUUUGUUUUGUUACGUCUUUUUAUAAGCAAAGUACCGCUAAAAUGUCGUCUCAGGAUCCGUGUUUGUGCAUGAACCUAAAAGGGCACAAAAAGGCGGUGACCGACAUCUCGUUUAACCCGAAACAAGUGGAAUUUGCGAGUUCGAGCGAGGACAAUUCCAUAAUUGUUUGGCAUGGGCAGGAAAAGAUGAGGAGUUACAACUUCAUCGGGCACACGAACAAAGUGACGGCUUUAGAGUACUCCCCCAAUGGUAAACUGUUUGCUUCGGCUUCAGCAGAUUUUUCUGUGAGAUUGUGGGUGCCUACCAUUAGAGGCGGAUACACAGACUUUAAACCACACCAGUCGACAAUAAGAACGGUGAGUUUUUCCAACGACGGAUCGCAAAUUAUCACUGGGGCGCAUGAUAAGUCAAUCAAACUGUGGGAUAGUAAAACCCAGAAGUUUAUAACCUCGUUUUUGGGCCACAAUAGCUGGGUGCGAUGUGCAAAAUUCUCACCUGAUGGUUCUAUGCUUAUAUCUUGCUCUGAUGAUAGAACUAUAAGAAUGUGGGAUACCAGAAGCGGGCAUUUAAUCCACACUUUCCCGUUGAUCAAAAGCUCUCCGCAAUACAUUGCGGUACACAAAAAUAACAAUUACAUUGCUGCAGCCAUUGAUUCAGGCUCUGUGAGGUUAUACGAUGUUAAAUCGCGAAAACUACAGCAACAUUACACGUUGCACGAGCAGGCUACAUGUGUGGAUUGGCACCCGGAGGCAAAUUAUCUAAUUUCAAGUGGAACUGAAGGUAGAUUGGUAAUCGUUGAUGUUAUGGAAGGAAGGCCUUUAUAUACCUUAACAGGGCACAAAGAAGAUGUUAAUACAGUGAAAUUUAGUCACGAUGGUGAAUAUUUCGCUUCAGGUGGUAAAGAUGACCAUGUGAGGGUGUGGAAAACUAACUUUAUUAUUUAAUUAGUGAGUAUUUUUGACUUUUUAUAAUGUGACUUUUUAAGGUAUACAAUUUCAUGUUUUAUACUUUUUAUAUUAAACAUUGGACAAACUAAGAUUGUGGCUUUAAAAUACACCCACCUAAGAUUUCCAUCUAAUAAAUAUUUAGAAAAAUAUUUUUCUUCCUACACUAUAAUAUAUUAUGAUAAAGUUGAAUUUUAAAAUCUUC